AUGGUAGCGACGACGGUGAUCCCGGCUUGGAUAUUACAAGCAACGGCAACGAGAUAUUCAGAUAGACAGAAGGGAGCCUGUGGUUGCGGGCUGGCGAUAGCCCCAGGGUUCUACACAGCUGCAGCCUCCCGAUCCCUCUCCGACCAUUACAACACCUCGUGGUGCGGCUCCGACUGCGGCAAAUGCUACACCCUCACCUCCAUUAGCUCUGUCACUUCCCCCACCUGCGGCGCCAGCAGAGCCGCGAGUCAAAGUAUCAUCGUUAUGGUUACGAAUUUUUUCCUGAAUGUAGGGAAGGCGCAGUGGUGUCCAAUUGUUGAGGGACAGAAUAAUUAUAGGGUUGAGUAUCAUUUUGAUAUCAUGGUUGAAGAUAUGACGAGCGAGAUGUUGGGGGCUAAUGUAAUUGUGGAUUUUGAAGAAUAA